AUGGACGCUGCCAGCCCCUCCAGCCCCGUCGUCAAGAAAGACAACGACGACAGCAACAACAAGGACGAAAAACGCGAUGUCAAGCCCGUCGUCAAAACCCUCAAUCGCGUUCCCCGUGCUUGCAAUGCUUGCAGGAAACAGAAGAUGAGGUGCGAGGGCGCGGAGAAUCCUCCGUGUCGUCGUUGCCGAAAUACCGGUCUCGAGUGUCUGUUUGAGAAACCUUCUCGCGAAGCCAGUCUUACCGGCGAAGCAGGCUUGGAGCGGAUGCGGGCACUUGAAGCUCAGGUCGCCGAGAUCAAACAAACUCAGCAGACGAUAUGUGCCACGCUGCAGGAUAUCCUAGGUUAUGUUCGUGCAACAGCACACUCUUCUCGGUCACCUUCUGCCUACCCCCAAAACUAUCAUCACUCCCCCCCCAACAUGAGCUCACCGUCGAUGUCAACACCCACCGCAAGCCAUCAGCACGUUAACGAGAUCCAUCAUCCAUCACCCCCUGGCGGUCUCAAUGGGCCUGCAUCGCACCCGAUCGUACAUCCUGCACGACCCACUGCUCGUGCUUCUAUGCCAAAUAUAUACCCCUCGUCAAACCAGGUGCCACCCACGGCAGAUUUACCGCGGCCUCAUGCCUCUCAGCCGCCCUUCUCGAACUUCAAUCAGCCUGCGGCCCCGGCUCCUGGUCAGCCGUAUUCGGGGAACCAGCAGGCGUCGAACACUGUGUUACCACCGUUCUCUAGCAUCAGUAUGCCCCCACCAUCAUCUGGGGCCAAUGUUUCCUCGUUAAGGUACCACCAACCCUCCGAUCAUAAAACAGGGCACCGAUAUCCUCACCCGUCUCAUCCCGGGAACAGCAAACGCCACGCUCCUCCGUCCACGGUUACCAGCGCGGAUUCUUCGGAUGUUGAAGACGACGACGAUGGGGGCCUUCCUGCUUAUGGCCUCGUUGCUCCGUGGGAAGUGCUCCGGGGCCUGGCCGAUGUCGCAAUUGAACGCGCGGCCAAGGAGAGUGGCGAAUCUAGUGAACCGCAUAGCCGCACGAGAAGCCCUUCCCCUGACAGGUCUCGGCCCCAAAAGCGCCGGAAACUGCGUCACCUUCCUGCCCCCACUUUCCACGACGUCGUCACCAAAAGUAUUUUGCCCGAGGAUGAAGCUCGAGAGCUGUUCAAGAUCUUCUAUGAUGGUUGCUCGACAUUCCUGCCUGUUUUCGACGUCAAUAUGGACACGUACGAAUCUCUGCACGAACGUUCUCCAUUUGCAGUAGAUGCUAUCUGCAUGGUCGCUGCUCGCGUCAGGGACGGCGGAGGCCAAGCAAGUGAAGUUCAUUUGAAGCUCUUAGAGGAAGUUCAAAAUAUCGCUCGAGCAAGUCUCUUCGCCCCAGUGCUUCGUAUGGAAGCUGUUCAAGCCAUGAUUCUGGUAUCCGGAUGGUCGGACAAUGGCUGGUUGAGCGGUGGACAUGCCGUUCGUAUGGCUAUGGAAUUGUCAAUGCACAAAGCUUGGCCUCGUUUGCAUAAGAGAAUCAACCAGGGGAAGACGAGUCGAGAGGACGAUAAGGACCUCGUCAUCAUGUCAAGAAUUUGGUUCUGUCUCUAUCUUUUCGAGCAUCAGCUUUCAUAUGGAACUGGUCGACCUGCAAUCAUGAAAGACGAUGAAAGCAUCAGAGAUUGUCGAAAGCUACUUAACCACCCUCUUGCCAUCGAUGACGACAUGCGCCUCGUAUCCACGGUCGAACUUAUCAAGAUCCGCGAACGAGUCCAUGAAGCCAUGUCCCCCCUAGAAGGACCUGUCAAGCUUGAUCAUUUCGACAUCCUGCGCAAUGCUGAUCGUGAAUUCGAGCAAUGGUACAGUACCUGGGAUAGUGCCUUUUCUCAGAAAUGGCCUGGCGCAGCUUUCUACCGUCAAAGUCUUCAAAUCCAGCAGCUCCAUGCUCAGCUGUUCCACAAUGCGACUGCCUUGCGAGGUAUCAAUGGGCCGGAAGAUGUCCAAAAGAUACACCCAGCGCAGAAAGAUCUUGCCAUCAGGUCCAUUGCUAUUGCUCAGAGAGGCCUUGAUAUCACUGUGAACUCCCCAUCGUAUCGAGAAGGAAUGAAAUAUGCUGUCCACUAUACUCAUGCAACGGCCACCUUUGCCGCGUCAUUCCUGCUGCGGCUAGCUCGCCUGUUCCCCUCGGACUGCAACAUUGUGUCCAUCCGAGAACAGGUCGAUCAACUUGCUACCCUAAUGUCUGCCAUCCCUGGCAAGCGCUAUGCUUUAACCUUGCAGUUGAUGCUGAAACGGUCCAGAAAGCGAAAGCCUGGAUCCACGUCCCGCUCCCCUAAUGGCUCCCGGGAGCCUCAACGCAGCUUGUCUAUGGUCAUCGAUCAUCAGCCCAACAACCUGCCUCCAUCUGCGAUGAUGCCGCCACCUCAACAUCCUCGCAGUAGCGAUACUUUCUCGCCGACCUAUGAACCCCCUUUCGCCGGUGCUAGCCACUCUGUGACCAAUCAACACGUUCCUGUCGUAGCUCAUCCCCAGCAUCCUCAGCGCCAUCCUGCACCUGGCCAUCCUCCGCCCGAUGCAGAUCAGAUAUGGCAAGGGUUUGAAAUGACCGCGCAAGAACAACUACCCGUCUGGAUUUCAGACCAGAGCUUAGGCGGCAAUUCGUUCUCUCAGCAUGGAAUGGAUGCAUUCUUGCUUCCUACCAAUUAUCUUCCACCAGCUCCGCAAAUCUGGUAA